AUGCCGCAACACAUAUUCAAUACAAUGCGCAGUUUGAAGAUGAUGGAUGGGUGUAAAGGUACCCAGGUCUACGCCCUCAACCCGACGGCCAGCGGAGCCGCAGGCGGCGGCGUCGGGGAGAAAUUCCUCCAACAUUUGCAGGAUCACCUCCGGGUAAACUCAGUCCGGUCGAAAUCCCAUCGGCGCUACCAAAGUUUCUCCCAGCCCAACAAUCUAAAUUCCGACAUUGUGUCUGAGGCCCUCGCGAUCUACGGUCCCCCGCAGACGGAUCUCAUCGAGCCACAGAUCGACCCGUGCCUCAGGUUCGUCGAUUUUGUUGGGACUCUGGCCGAAGUCUACAGGCGGCUUGAGGCCUGCCCUGAAUCUAGGAGAUCCGAGUUUUACAUGGAGCAGUGCGCGAUUUUCCGCUGGCUUCCCGACCCGAAGCUCUUCAGGAGGUGCCUGCGCUCGGCCAGGCAGCAUGCUGUUGACGUGCAUUCCAAGGUUAUACUCUCGGCCUGGCUGAGGUUCGAGAGGAGGGAGGACGAGCUUUUUGGGGUCUCGGCUAUGGACUGCAGUGGGUGGAACAUGGAAUGCCCGAAAAUGUCCCUCGUCUCGGGGUACAAUCCCGAGUCUUCCCAUGACACCUGCUCGUGCUCCCGAACUCCGGAGGAGAAUGGGCUCGACUCGCAGGGCCAGGAGUGCUCGACCUCGACUUUUCAUGAUGGCGAUAAUGGCGUUGAUGAAGAUGAAGAUGACGAUGAUUAUGAUAUGUGGUUUUGUAUAGCUGACGAUGAAGUCAGGUGCAACCGUUACAAAAUCGCAUCCCUCUCUAGACCAUUCAAGUCGAUGCUUUACGGUAGCUUUAUGGAGUCGAAAAAGGAGAGGAUAUAUUUCACCCAGAACGGGAUCUCGGCAAAGGCAAUGCGGGCAGCCGAGGUCUUCAGCAGGACGAAAAGCGUAGACUCUUUUGACCCGAAUGUUGUUUUCGAGCUCCUGGUCCUGGCCAAUAGAUUCUGCUGUUUCGAGAUGAAAUCCGCAUGUGAUGUGUAUUUGGCAGCUCUCGUCGAUGACAUGGAUACUGCUGUGCUUUUAGUCGAGUACGGCCUGGAUGAGACCGCGUACCUACUGGUGGCGGCUUGUUUACAGGUGUUCCUGAGGGAGCUUCCGAAUUGCAUGCACAAUCCGAAUGUGAUGAAAGUUUUCUGCAGCUCGGAGGCUAAGGACAGGUUAAGUCAGGCCGGGCACGCGUCUUUUAUGCUAUACAAUUUGUUGAGUCAGAUAGCUAUGGAGGAGGACAUGAAGUCGAACACCACAGUUAUGCUGUUGGAGAGGAUGGGAGAGUGUGCUAACGAGGACUGGCAGAAGCAACUGGCUUUUCACCAGCUGGGUUGCGUAAUGCUCGAGAGGAAAGAGUACAAAGAUGCUCAGAAGUGGUUCGAGGCAGCUGUUGAGGCGGGCCACGUUUAUUCCUUGGUGGGUGUUGCGAGGGCGACUAACAAGCGUGGGCAUAAAUACAAAGCGUAUAAAUUAAUGAACUCGCUAAUUUCUGAUUACCCGCCAGCUGCCGGGUGGAUGUAUCAAGAACGGUCGUUAUAUGGUAGUGGGAAAGAGAAAAUGAUGGAUCUCAACACGGCAACUGAAAUGGACCCCACGCUUUCGUUCCCGUACAAAUACAGAGCUGUUUCAAUGAUGGAGGAGGACAGAGUCGGUGCAUCUAUAUCCGAAAUUAACAAGAUUAUUGGUUUUAAGGUCUCGCCCGAUUGUCUUGAACUGCGUGCUUGGUUCUUGAUUGCUUUGGAGGAAUACGAAGGGGCUUUGACCGACGUGCGUGCUCUCUUGACUUUAGAUCCUCAGUAUAUGAUGUUUCAUGGGAAGUUGCCGGGGGAUCAGCUGGUUGAGCUUCUAUGUCAUCACGUGCAGCAGUGUAGCCAGGCCGAUUGUUGGAUGAAGCUGUAUGAUAGGUGGUCUUCUGUGGAUGAUAUUGGUUCUUUAGCCGUUGUUCAUCAUAUGUUGUCUAAUGAUCCUGGGAAGAGCCUUUUGAGGUUCAGACAAUCUUUGCUUUUGCUAAGAUUAAACUGCCACAAGGCUGCCAUGAGAAGUCUAAGAAUGGCCCGAAACCAUGCAGCUUCCGAGCACGAGAGGCUUGUCUAUGAGGGAUGGAUUCUAUAUGACACAGGGUACCGUGAAGAAGCCAUAGCGAAAGCCGAGGAGUCCAUCUCAAUUCAGCGUUCGUUUGAGGCCUUUUUCCUCAAAGCAUACGUUCUGUCCGAAAAGACAACCGAUCACGACUCGUCUUUCUAUGUUAUCCAGCUUCUCGAGGAGGCCCUCAGGUGUCCCUCUGAUGGUCUUAGGAAAGGACAAGCUCUAAGUAAUCUAGCGAGUGUCUAUAUUGACGUGGAUAAGUUGGACCAUGCGGCUGACUGCUACACGAAUGCUUUGAACAUCAAGCACACGAGGGCCCACCAGGGCCUGGCCCGAGUGUACCACCUCAAGAACCUGAGAAAGGCCGCAUUUGACGAGAUGACAAAGCUGAUCGAUAAGGCGCAGUACAAUGCAUCGGCUUAUGAGAAACGUUCGGAGUAUUGCGAACGUGACAUGGCCAAGAGCGACCUCAGCAUGGCGACCCGACUUGACCCGUUGAGGACUUAUCCAUAUCGAUAUCGGGCUGCUGUUUUGAUGGAUGACCAUAAGGAAGCCGAAGCAAUUUCAGAGCUCACGAAAGCCAUUGCUUUCAAAUCGGACCUACAGCUGCUUCAUCUUCGUGCCGCAUUCCAUGAUUCUAUGGGAGAUUAUUCUUCUACCAUCCGAGACUGUGAGGCAGCCCUUUGUCUCGAACCUAAUCACUCGGAUACAAUCGAGCUCUAUCGAAAAGCUCUAAAAAGGGCUAGUGAAAUACAAAACACGGCUCAUGGAGCAAGUUUUUUUCCCCCAAGUCUCCUUACGAGCUUUGUGAAUAGCGGCCAAAGGAAAAUGGAAAGAGUGUGUAAAUUGCAGACGACUUGGAGAAAAAGGUAG